AUGAGAAUAGAAUCGACAAUAAGUCCAAAGGACAGCACAGGAUCCUCAUGGUCCUUCGUUGUCUCACCCUUGAAGCUCCAAUGCAUCGAUCUCAGCCGUACGAUUGAUGGAACAGUCAGAGCGUCCGGGGCCCACGCAGAAGCAGCUGCAGAGUGUUCUUUAAUCACACGGUCCUUCUCUUUCUGCCUUCCCCAACACUCCACACGUAUAGGCUACACCCUCCUCUACCGAAGCUUGCCGACACCGGGGCACGUGAUGCGACUGCUUGAGGCUUUAAUAGACUUUGCUUGAUACUGACCACCCGACUCUUAUCGGCUACCGAUGUCCGUGUUCAUAGAAAAUAUAUUUCUUGAUAAUAUGGAUCCUGAUAGUAUUGCUUUCCAGAUCAAGAUCCUAGAAAAAUUUGGGUUCAGUAAAGAAACAUGUGUCCCUCCUUCCCUCACUCAACUAUCACCAAGAAAAUCGCUCUCAUUUGCCAUGGAGGAGGCUGUAACAGUAAUGUGUUCAGUGGUUACAGAUUUGUUUCAGAAAACCAACAUCAACCCUAAAGCCAUUGAUAUUUUGAUCUCAAAUAGUACUGUGUUUUGCCCUACACCAUCUCUAAGUGCUGCUGUAAUUAAUAAGUUCAAAAUGAAGAGCAAUGUUAUGAGCUUCCACCUCUCUAGCGUGGGAUGUAGCGCUGGAAUUAUAGCAGUGGACCUUGCUACAGACUUGUUGAGAGUUCAUCGGAAUUCCUUGGCUCUAAUUGUCAGCAUGGAGACUCUACUCUUGAACUGGUACACUGGCAAGAAUCCAUCCAUGUUGAUUACUAAUUGUCUCUUUCGGAUGGGUGGUGCGGCUGUACUGCUCUCGAGCCGGGAACUGGACAGGAGCAGAGCAAAGUAUGAGCUACAACAUCUCGUUCGAACAAACAAAGCACAAGAUGAUCGAUCUCAUGCGUGCGUUUUUCAGGAUGAGGACUCGGAGAACAUGGUUGGGGUGUCGAUUUCGAAGAACAUCCUACAUGUCGCCGGAGAUGCACUAAAGGCGAAUAUUGCUGCACUGGGACCUCUGGUUUUGCCAUUUUCAGAGCAAUUGAGGUAUGGAUUGUCCAUAGUUCGCCAGAAGAUCAUGUGGAGUACAAGGAGAAGUAGCAUCUACGGGCCGGAUUUCAGGAAAGCUUUGGAGCAUUUCUGCAUCCAUGCAGGGGGUAGAGCUGUUAUUCAAGCAAUUGAAAAAAACCUAGGGUUAAGGAAACAGGAUGUUGAACCAUCAAAGAUGACUCUUUACAAAUUUGGAAAUACUUCAUCUUCUUCGGUUUGGUAUGAGCUCUGCUACAUAGAAGCUAAAGGGAGAAUGAAAAGGGGCGACAGGGUCUGGCAAAUCACACUUGGGAGUGGAUUCAACCGUAAUAGUGCAAUAUGGAAAUGUAUUCACAAUUCAGAGUUUGAGAUAGCCAACCCAUGGAGCGAUAUCUGCUCAUAUCCCGUAGAAGUACCUAAUGUUGUAAAAAUCAAUUGAAGACAAGAAUUCCUCUGAUCGCGUUUAUCCGACAAGAGUGGGUAUACAAAGUGACUCUGCCCAUGGAGGAGUUCCACGCUA